AUGCCGAUCGGUAAAUUAGAAACAUUCAAUGUUAGUUCCAAACAAUGGCCUGCAUACAUUCGACGAGUUAACCAGUAUAUUUUAUUAAAUGACGUGAAAGAUAACCUAAAAGUGCCGAUGUUGAUAACGAUCGUAGGCGAAGAAACUUAUGCCUUAAUGUGUGACCUAUGUUCGCCGGACUUUCCUGAGGACAAAUCAUACGAUGAGUUGGUGAAACUAGUGGCCGACCAUUUAGAACCGCAGCGAUCUGAGAUCGCCGAGCGUCACGUGUUCCGGUUGCGGCGACAGCGUGCCGGCGAACCAUUGAUGGAGUAUCUUCAGGCUCUCAAGCACCUGGCAACUACUUGCAAUUUUGGCAAAUGUAAAAAGUGCUCCACGCUCGAGGAAAACUUAAGGGACCAAUUUGUAUCAGGUUUAGCAAAUGAUGCAAUGCGGUCGAGAAUAUUCGCCGAGAGAAAAAUACAGUACAAAGAGGCAGUGGAGUUAGCACUAGCACUGGAGGCUGCAGAGAAGCACGCGGAGGUGAGCGGCAGCACGGUGCCGACGACGACCUCGGGUGCCGGCGGCGAGGCAGGGGAAGACCUGCAUUAUACGCGUGGAAGGCGAGGACGCACCCGCAGCGCGCGCACGGAUGGCGCGGGGGUGGCGAGCCCGGCGGGCGCGGCUGGCGCAGGCGGUGCAGCGGGCGCGGAGCGCGCGGCGGCGGGCACGUCGGCCGGCGCGAGCGCGCCAUGCUGGCGCUGCGGUAAGGCGCACCGCGCCAGGUGCCGUUAUGUGAAUUAUACGUGUGACGAGUGUAAACAAAAAGGUCAUUUAAAAGUGAUGUGCAAGUUAGGAAAUCGACAUAAUUAUUUAAGUGGUGAAGACGACUCGGACGACCUUUAUAAGAUUGUCGUUGGAGGUAAGGACAAUAGACCUUAUUUUUUAAACAUUAUGAUUGAUAACUUAGAGAUAAAAUGUGAAAUAGAUACCGGUAGUCGCAUUUCGGCUAUUAAUGAGGACUUGUACUAUCGGGAAUUUUCUAAUAAAGUGAUUAAAACCGAUAAUUUGGUGUUACGUAGUUAUGCCGGUUCACGCAUCGAGUCGUUGGGUUAUAUAGAAGUCCAAGUUAGGUUACGUAAUGUAGAAGUAAAAUCCUUGCCCCUUUAUAUAAUAAGAAAUGGAGCAGGUCCUUUACUGGGGCGAGACUGGUUGCGCGCCCUUAAAAUAAGUCAAAUUAAUUUGUUCAAGAUAACCGACGACGGAUUCGUGAACCGUCUAUGUGCUGAAUUUCCGGAAGUAUUUACGGACAAGUUGGGGACUUGUAAGCGAGCUAUUCGAUUACAGCUAACUAAUGAUGAACCUGUGUACGUGCGCGCAAGGCCCGUGCCGCUGGCCCUGCGAGCACGCGUUGAGCGCGAGUUAGCGCGACUCGAAUCUGAUGGCUCGAUAUACCGCGUUGACCAUUCCGACUACGGAACGCCAAUUGUGCCGGUAGUAAAAAAAAAUGGAGAUAUACGCAUAUGUGGGGAUUACAAAAUUACUAUUAAUCCAAAACUGAAGCGUGAUUAUUAUCCUUUGCCCCGAAUUGACGAAUUGUUUGCGAACUUGAGUGGCGGAGAAAGGUUUACUAAAGUUGAUCUCACUCGCGCUUACGAACAGUGCUUAUUAACAGAAGAAUCGCAACCCUACACAGCGAUAACAACUCACCUUGGAACAUAUGCAUACCGUCGUACGCCGUACGGUCUCGCGUGCGUGCCCGAGAAAUUUCAAAAAAUUAUGGAAGAGACCAUACGGGGCAUACCGGGUUGUGUUGUUUUCCUGGAUGAUAUUUGCAUAACGGGGGCUAAUAAUAAAGAGCACAUUAGUAAUUUACGAGCUGUACUCGAAAAGUUGCGCGAAGCGGGUUUAACAGUUAAACUGAGUAAAUGUAGUUUUUUACAACACAGUGUAAACUAUUUAGGUUACGUCAUAGAUAAGAAGGGAUUACGGCCAGAUAGUGCUAAAUUGGAUGCCAUUUCCAGCGCGCCCAGACCAGAGAACGUAACCCAAUUAAAAAGUUUUUUAGGAAUGUUAAAUUAUUAUGGUAAAUUCAUAAGUAAUUUGAGUACUUUGCUAUACCCUUUACACAAUUUACUAAGAAAGGAUGCUCGCUGGGAAUGGGAUGCCAGUUGUGAACAGGCGUUUAAAGAAGCUAAGCGAGUCCUCUUGGGCGAGCGAGUGUUAGCACAUUACGAGGAGGGGCGGCCACUUGUGCUCGCGGUUGACAGUAGUGCGUACGGGAUAGGGGCAGUGCUGGCGCACCGCUACGCCGAUGGCAGCGAGCGCCCGGUUAGCUGUGUGUCCCGCACACUCAACGCGGCCGAACGGAACUACAGCCAACUUGAUAAGGAGGCACUCGCAAUAUUAUUUGGUGUAACAAAACACCAUCAGUAUCUAUUUGGUAGGAGUUUUACAUUACGCACAGACCAUCAGCCUUUGACACACAUAUUUGGUGUUAAGGGUGGUAUUCCGCAGACCGCAGCCAGCCGGUUACAGCGGUGGGCGGCGCGCUUGGCCGCAUAUGAUUUCAAGGUGGAAUUCGUUCGCUCGGCUGACAAUGGGCCAGCAGAUGCUCUGUCGAGGUUACCGCUACCCCAGGAGGGCCGCUUAGUGGACGCAGUCACCUAUAUCAAUUUAAUAGAAGAAUCUUUUCCGGUUAGCUUUAAGGAUAUUGCUAGGGAGACUGAAAAAGAUAAACUGUUAUGCAAGGUGAAAGGUCAUGUCACCUUUGGUUGGCCGUCGACAGUGGACGAAGUCGAGAAACCGUAUUUAGUUAGAAAACAGGAUUUAGCAAUAGAAUUAGGUUGUUUAAUUUAUAAAUAUAGGGUCGUAAUACCAAGUACAUUGCGAAAACAAAUAUUAGAUGAAAUACAUGACGGACAUUUAGGAAUGAAUAAAAUGAAAAAUUUAUCAAGAAAUUAUGUGUACUGGCCCAGUUUAGAUAAAGAUAUUGAGGAGGUAUGUCGCGCGUGCCCGGCAUGCCGCGCAGUACGCGACGCGCCGCCACAUGCGCCACUGCAUCCUUGGGAGUUCCCGCUGCACCCGUGGCAGCGAGUACAUGCCGACUUCGCGGAUUGCGGCGGGAAACGGUAUUUAAUUAUGGUAGAUGCACACUCAAAAUGGAUCGAAGCUAUUAAUAUGAAUAGGACGGACGCGCAGGCGACUAUCAAAAUCAUGAGAUCAAUUUUUGCUCGGUUCGGCCUACCGUCAUUACUCGUCACUGACAACGGCCCACCAUUUUUCUCACAGGAAUUUAAGACAUUCUGUAAUAAAAAUUUUAUCAAACAUGUGACCACAGCCCCGUACAGACCGCAAGGUAAUGGGGCUGCGGAAAAUGCGGUUAAAACCGUCAAGAAAGCGAUCAGACGUGCUUUGUACGAGGGCGAGGACGUCGCCACGGCAUUAAGUAAGUUUUUAUUUAAAUAUCGCAAUUGCCAACAUGCAACCACGGGCGUAUCCCCUGCGGUGGCGCUGCUGGGGCGCAGGCUGCGCGCGCGCCUAGAUGCGGUGCGGCCCGACGUGUCGGCCGUGGUGCGCGCCGCGCAGGAGCGGCAAGUGGCCGCGGCGGGCGGCACGCGGCGAGCGCUCGCGCCGGGCGACGCUGUGCUAGCUCGCGACUAUACCGCGAGGGGGGACAAGUGGCUGGCAGGCACGGUAGUCGACCAGACAGGGCCGGUCUCGUACAAGGUAGACGUUGGACGCGGUGUCGGUUGGCGUAGACACGUCGAUCAAAUUAUGCCAUUACAAAGCAAGAAUCGUCAUUCCCUAAGUCGCACUAGCAUAGUUCCCGAAAACAGGGAUUCAUCCCCAGAACGACAGGUUCCUUCAAUGGGUGAAGAACCUGAGGACGUAUUUAAAGAUGCAUCGGACGGUAUUGGUGAACAGUCCCUGAUAACGGGCUCGGAAAUGGGACCAAAGCCGGAGACACCACCACCACCGUCAGGUGCGUCUGCUCGUGCGCUGCGAGCUUAUAAUCGCGCUCGAUCUGGAGCUUCUAAAUAA